AUGACCAAGAACCCUAAGUGCAACGAGGGAAAAAGCGAGAAACCGACUGGGAAAGACGGCAACGAGAACGUGUACGAAGCGGAGCGGGUCGAGUUUGGUCGUGCGAGGACUGGCCACAGCGGCACCGGAGCAGCGGCACCGGAGCAGCGGCACGGGAGGAGCGGCACCGGAGGAACGGAACCGGAGCAGGCGUACGGAAUCGAACCGUGGCGCACCGACAAACAUCUCUUGUAAUGUCAAUUAUUUUCCCGUUUUUUUCCUGAAUACACGUUUUGGGUGUGUGUGAUGACGUCACUGGUUUUGUAGAGAGACGCGGCAGAGAUGGCGCGGAUAACCCGGGUGCCUUAAUUGUGUACCUGCAUCGUGGAAGACCCCUUCAAUGUCGAACGAUUCCUAGUCUGUGCAAUGUUUACACUGCUGUGCCUAACACGGAUGAUCUGGAUAGAUUCGGGUGAUGGUCAAUUGCAAUGAUGGCUUUGUUUGGGCGUUCCUAUUCAUUGUAUGUCCACGGGCUCAUUCUGACAGCACUUCAGACAGCAGCUGCAUGCCCCGAGCUUGUGUACCACAUGCACCCUGGUGUUAUUACUGUACAGACAGCAGUUCAGGCAGCAGUACGCUGUAGCCGACAAACAUUCAUUUUGGUUAAAUGAGGGACAAGGGGGGUGAUGCUGCUGCUUUAGUCCAUGUGUAGUGUGUGGGCAUGUAGUUCAGUUGUGAGCACGCAAACGUGCUGCAGAGAUUGCAGGUGUACCUCCUCGGGCUUGCGUACCCUUUCCUUGCUAAUAGUGUGUGUGUUUUUUAGAUCUUUAAAUGGCUCUAGCAUUUUUGUGACCACGGACCGAGUCUUUGCUAGAUUUUGGGAUUAGCAACUGACGCGAGUUAAAUGUAAAGAAAAACAAC